AUAUCCCGCUGUAUACCCACGAUGUCCGCUCCGAUGUCUCCACCGCCCUUAUAUCGCACGGUCGGCCCUCCACCGCCCUUAUCAUCCUCUUCUUCGACAGUCGCUCGAUCGCCGGACUGUUCGCCGCGGCACCUCGCCGGACAUGUACACCAACAGCUCUCGGACACGGGAUCGCCUCAUGCCUCGGGGCUGCCGCCUCCUCCCCAAAUGAUGCACGGAUCGGCCAGUCAUACCGGAAUCGCUCACCACCAUCAUCAUGCCGUUCAAGGCGGAGGAAUGAUGAUGAUUCCCGCGGCGGUGAAAGAUCCGCAAAGACAUUCGCAAUCGGACGACGAUAGCGGAUGUGCUCUGGAAGAGUAUACUUGGGUGCCGCCGGGAUUGAGACCUGAUCAGGUUCAUCUAUAUUUUUCUGCUCUGCCAGAAGACAAAGUCCCAUACGUGAACAGUGCAGGUGAAAGAUACCGAGUGCGACAGUUGCUGCGGCAGCUGCCGCCGCACGACAACGAGGUGCGUUACUGCCACGCGCUGACCGACGAAGAGCGAAAGGAACUUCGCCUAUUUUCCGCCCAGAGAAAACGGGAAGCCUUAGGACGCGGCACUGUCAGACAAUUGCCCUCGCCGAUGGUCUGCGAUAUGUGUCAAGAGCCUAUGUCGGUAGGCGACAUCGCCGUGUUUGCCGGCCGCUGCGGGCCCAACGUAUGUUGGCAUCCUGCCUGCUUCACCUGCGCCAGUUGCCGAGAACUUUUGGUCGAUCUGAUCUAUUUCAGGCGCGAGGGCAGGUUGUACUGCGGACGACAUCAUGCGGAGACGUUGAAACCUCGAUGCAGUGCUUGUGACGAGAUUAUUUUAGCGGACGAAUGUACAGAAGCCGAAGGUCGAGCAUGGCAUAUGCGCCACUUCGCUUGCCACGAAUGCGAUCGGCAAUUAGGUGGACAAAGAUACAUUAUGCGGGAUGGUCGCCCAUAUUGUUUAGGCUGUUUCGAUGCCAUGUUUGCCGAAUAUUGUGACAGAUGCGGAGAACCUAUUGGUGUCGAUCAGGGUCAAAUGUCUCAUGAUGGUCAACAUUGGCAUGCCACAGAAGCAUGCUUCUGUUGUCAUGCUUGUAAUGGAUCAUUACUUGGAAGACCAUUUCUGCCACGGAGAGGUGCUAUCUAUUGCUCGAUUGCUUGUAGUAAAGGCGAACCGCCAACACCAUCAGAUAGCAGCGGACCUCAGACUCGUAUACCAAGACAAACGCCUCGAAGGCGCGCCCCAUCUCCAGCACCGUCUCAUCCUGAUUCUUCGCACCUGCAGCAGUCUCUAACGGAUAGUACGCAGCAGUACGGUGUCCAGAGCAGUCAGGGCAUGCCUUCGCCUCCUUCAACUGCUCCAUCUUCACCACAUCCCUCAGUGCGAAGUCCUAGAAUGGGAAGACGAGCACUUCAUAGAUCACCUAACAAUCACCAUCAAGUUGAUCCUGAUUUGCCACCAUUACCUUCAAAGCCACCACCAAGUGACGACGAGCAAGUUCUGCAUCUUCAAGAGGAUCAGCAAUUUCAUGCAGAUUGUGAAUUAUCUAGAGAUCGAUCCAAUGCUCCGGAACUUUUGAAUCACAAUCAGUUUGAUCAAAAUUAUAUGCUUUCAUCUGAUAGCUCACAAAUAACAAAUCCAAUAGAAUUGACAGAAAGUAAUCUUGAACGAGAUUUUGAAAGAUUGAUGUCAAAUAGAAAAUUAACAGCGGGCGGAUCACGGAAACCUAUUGAUUUGGAAGGAUUAACAGUACAAAGCAGGAGCGAAUCACCAGUACAAUCGCCUGAAAUAACUCCUCAACAUGCGUCUUCAAUGCCCGAACUUCAGCAACCGAAUCAACCACAGAUUUUAUCGGAAAAGACUGAUAUACAGAAAAAGCUAAAAGAAGUUCGAUUUGAAAAUGUCCAGUCGGUUAACGAGGUAUCUAGAAGCAGAAGUUACUUGGGAUCAAAACACGAGCGGCGCACCAAAGUUUCAAGGCGCCAUUCGACACACCAUAAGGACGAAACUGAUAAUAUUUCGAUUUGCUCAACAUGUUCAUCGAGUUCAUCGAGUGAAGACUUUGACUAUGAAUUACCUCCAAGAAGAGCAUAUGGUGGAGUACGAAUAAGUUACGUGCCAAACGAUGCAUUUGCAGCAGCCAGGAGGAGAAGGCAAGAAGGUUUGAGUGGUGCUGGAAGUCCAUCACGAGCUGAUAAUAAAAACUGCAUAAUUUCAUGAUGUUCGUUUGAUAUUUUAUGUUGCAAAAAAUUUAAUACGGAACAAUUGUAACAUCACCGCACUAUUGUGAAGUGACUACAGGUAACCCCCUUAUAAUACAGUACUUUCAUGACAAGGUUCGAGUAUAAGCAAUUUUCUCUUUUAACAUGGAUUUGCAAUGUCUUACAAUAAUACAAUUAAAAAUAUAGUAAUAUAUAUUAAAAACGAACUUCGCGUAAUUUAAAUUCAGCGAAAACACCGUGCAAUCAAACUAGUGCAAAAGAUACCUCAUCGGGUAAAAUC